UGCUGGACAGACGCGGGGUUCACCUCUCAUCAUUUGACCGACUCCAUCAGCCCUACUUGCCACUCUCGUAGAAGCACCUAUCGACACCCCAGAACCAUGCCGAUAGGCCUAUCGCGCAGCGAGGGGGUGCGCAUUGCCUGGGGCAAGAAGGCCGGUAAACAGUCCGGUGGCGCACCGAAGCCCGUCAACAAGGCAGACCAGCAGGGCGGUGCCGGAGUCAACCCAAACCAGACGGAUGCCGGCGCCCAUGCCCCGGGCAACACUGACGAGAAGAAGGAAAGCACAUUACCUGACACGGACAAGCCAGAGCGUAGAUUACUCCCCACACCCGAGCCAACGGCGCCGAAACCACUCCCUCUCCCCAAACCCGUCGAUGCCUCAUGCCAUCCUUCACCCACCAGCACACCGCCACCACCCCCUCCACAACUCCGGCGUCGCUCCCUUCUGGCCUGCCUCUUCCCGUGCAUGUACGCCCAGCCAAUCCACGACACGUGGGACUACAACCCACCCCCAUCGCAGAAGACACCUCUUCGAGCUCCAUCCCCCGCCUCUGAAUGCUCCUGGACGCACCACGACUCGUAUUACCCCUCCUUCGAGCCAGACACGCCAAAGCAGACGACGUACUUUCCCAAAUUCGACGACUUCAAAUCGCGACACCACGCCAAAGCUGAUGCGGCUGCCGCAUUCCACGCUCAGCUCGUAGGGCAUCCUGUGUGCGUACACUACCCCGAUCUCCCGGCAUUUGAAGAGUACAAGAAAGCUGGGGUCGGGUGGAAGGAGACCCAGUGGGGGACGCAGAACUGGAUGGGCUUUGGAUGGGAUGGAGAACGUCUGCCGAACGCCCAAGGCCAAUACUUCUCGGCGCCAAUGCCCAAGGGCGUGCCGAUCGCUAGACCUAACCAGCAAGGUGGCACUGGAAAUAAAAAGAAAGGCAAGGAGGGGGAAGGUGGUGGUGGUGGUGGUGGUGGUGGCGGCGGGAAUGGGAAGAAGGGCAAGAACUAGAAGUACAACGGUGACAGCACCGAUCGACCGCCAAGACGAAACUCACAUCUAUAGCCAGUCCGUAGACGACAUGCAUUAGGAUCUUGCAACGCUAGAGCUUGUACACGAUCGCGAAACCACUGUGGUCAGCCUACCCAGCGCUUGACUCACUCCCAGCUCUUGUCCCCCACCGUCUGGAUCGCGCUCGCAAGCACAGUCUUACCACCGUCCUUCUCUAUCCAGUCGUACAUCUUGCGCAAGCCCGAACAAUCUGGGUCGACCUUGGUGCCAUCAGGCACAGCUAUGCUGGAAUCAGCUUCACCGCGUCCCCCACAAGGCCAAGGAAGAC